UUCGCACAUCUGUGGAUCGGGACUGUUGUUUCAGCAUUGGUGUGACUGGUUGUUGUUGUUGAUCGGUUUGUCCGGCGAUGUUCAAUUGAGAGCUCUUAGUUCCUUUGUCGAUGACUUUGCAAGCUCUGCGUAGGAGACAGCACACUGGGGAUGCUGAUAGAGGGACACGCGAUGGUUUGAAGGCAUCGGAGUCCGAUUCUCUGAUGGAGCCGUUGCUGGAGAGUCGAGAUUGUGGCGGUAAUUGGAAUUGCGAGGCGCAAUCCGUUUCGGAGGUUAGCGGCGAUGGAAGGAGUAAAGAGCAUUUGCAUUGGAUGGUUCUUUGUUACCAAAUAAUCAAGCGAUGUGCUCAGUGGUUGGUUAAUAUUGUCCUUGAAACUGGUUCGCACAUCAGACGUUGUUUACCAUUCAUAACAUCUGAUCAUAACAAAACAAUCAGCAACUGCAAUCAGCCACCUGUUUUACUUAGUUCUUUGCAGGAAGUAAGGUUAAAGCAACUAAAGCAGAGACUGGCAGUUCCUUUCAACAGUUCUUUCCCGGAGCAUCAAGAUGCUCUUAGACAACUAUGGAAGUUAGCCUAUCCCGAUACAACACUCCCAUCACUUAAAUCAGAGCUUUGGAAGGAGAUGGGUUGGCAGGGAUCGGAUCCCUCUACCGAUUUCAGGGGUGGAGGAUUCAUAUCGCUGGAGAAUCUGAUCUUCUUUGCCAAGGCAUAUCCAGAAGCUUUUCAAAAGUUACUGCACAAGAGAGACGGAGAUAGGUCCGAAUGGGAGUAUCCAUUUGCCGCGGCUGGCAUCAAUAUAUCAUUUAUGCUGGUACAAAUGUUAGAUCUUCAUUCAGGAAUACCGAGAACUGUGGCUGGAAAAUGUUUCCUCAAAUUGCUUAGCGAAGAUGAGACAGCUUUCGACCGCCUUUUUUGUGUUGCCUUCACAACGUUGGACAUGCUGUGGCUUGCAAGGCGAGCCUCGUACAUGGAAUUCAAUGAAGUUCUCAAGUCGACAAGAUUGCAACUCGAACAUGAGCUGGCGCAGGAAAACGUGUGGAGUGUAAGAGAUCUGCCAUCUUAUAGUCUACUAAAAGGAUAAACUAAGUCCUUGAUUCUUUGGGCCUUCUCAGUUGUUCGAUGUCUCUUGAAAGAUCUGCAUCACUCCAUUGUUGUCCGAAUUGGUAAAAAGUACAAAGAAAGAAAGAUUCAUUCCCAUAAUAUAUAUAUAUAUAUGUAUAUGUAUAUGUGUGUGUGUCUCAGGAAUGCACGAUAUAUUGACCUGCCUUUGGUUUUCUCGGAUCAGACACUUACCCUCGGCUGGCGAUUUUAGGUACCAUUAUCCACCCCAUCUUUUAUUUUUAUGAAGUUUUUUAUACACUAGUUUUGGGGAGGAAAUUGGAUCCAAUUUAGUGUCCUAUGUAAUGUCACCUUGCUUGACUUUAAUCGCUGGCGCAGUGAAAUUAAGAAACCCUUCCACUUGGCGCCCGAUUUUGAAGUUUGAAAAUUUAAAUUCGAUCAUGUUCGAGAGGAGACCCUUAGCCUCCAGUUUCACCCGGCCCCCCUCAGCAUGGGAGGCCGGGUAAAGAAGGGGGCUGAGGAUCUCAUAUGGUUGGAGGUUUAUAUUUAGUUGCAUACGAAUGUGGAUAGAUGGGUGUGUUUCUUUGGGUUAGUUCGGGGAUUUUAUAUUUAAAUAAUAUUUGAUGUGAUUUUUUUGUUAAAGUUGUAAAAAUUUUGCCAAAGGAAUGCAGCCCCUG